AAAAAAAAUAUAUUAAUGAUAUAAUAGUGUAACAAGUUGCCCUGAAAAAUUGUACUUUAAUGCAUUGAUCAUCUUGAAGGGCAAGGUAAAAGUUCAUCAAGAUUUAGUUUUCUAUUAUCUCACAUAUGAAGGUGCUAUAGACUUGGAUAGCAUAUCAGACCCGAAUGAGAAGGCAUCGAUGCAAUCCCAGAUCAUGGAGUUUGGACAGACUCCAAAGCAGCUGUUCACCAAGCCCCACCCUGCACGUUUCUCCACACCGGUGGCAGCGGUGGGAAUGCCAGAGCAGGUAGCCACCCAAAGAAGCAAGCAGUCAUCACCUCGCCCUGAGGACUGCUCAUCCUCAGGAAGUCCACUGCAAGAUCUGACUGAGGGUGUUCCCACUAGCUGGGUGAAUCAAAGCAAUGUCUUGGCAUCACAUGCCUCCCAAGAUUCAAACUCACUUCAUACAGGUCCUUCAGACCCUUCUCAUAGUCAGCCAUCUCUCCGGUCACCUUGGGAAAGAAUAUCACAGCUGCAGCCAAGUUUCAGUUAUAAAUUACAUAAAGACUCUGUGUGCGAUCUAAAGCUUUCAAGUAACAACAACACAGUUUUUUCAGUAUCCAAAGACACACAACUGAAAAUGUACUCGUUAGAAGACCAGCGUCAGCUACGGAGUGUCAGCCUCUCCAACAUGGCUCUCUCCAGUGUGAUCAUCACCCCUGACGACAAACACGCACUCAUUGCAUCGUGGGAUAACUCUAUCUAUGUAUACUCCGUUGAUUAUGGGCGUGUCUUGGAGGUAAUUCCCGCCCAUGAUGAUGCAGUCUCCGCCCUCUGCUGGCAGCAGGGCUCUUCAAUCUUUGUGUCCGCCUCUUGGGAUUCAACCGUCAAACUAUGGGCAUGUGAGGGCCUUAAUGGAAGUUCUCAGAAGAUUGUAGCUGAUGUUCUUGCCGAGCUGGAUCAUGAUUCAGGGGUGACAUGCACAGAUCUGAGCCAUGAUGGCAGUCUACUCCUGACGGGAACGAAAGACGGCGACGUCAACCUGUGGAACGUUGAACACCAGGUGGCGCUACGUCACAUACAGAGCCACCAUGGACCCGUCAAUGCUGUGAUAUUCAGUCCAGAUUGUCAACAGAUGGCUUCUGCAGGUCAGGAUAGCUACAUCAGAGUGAUAGAUGUAAACACAGGGACUGAGGUGUUUGCUAAAGAUGGUGAACAUGAAAUAAGGUGUUUAUGUUGGCGAGAUCAUAUUCUCUUAGCUGGUGAUGGAGGAGGUAACCUCAUGAUAUGGGAUAUGGCAAAGGCUCACUUAGUUGCAUCAUUCCAUCAACAUAUAGGAGCAAUAAAUUGUAUCCAGGUAUCAUCUGAUGCUUCCACGGUGCUCACGGGCGGUCAGGAUUCUAAGGUCAUUGUUUGGAAGAACUCAUGAGGAUUCGCCAACAUUGAGUUUAACCUGCACCAAAGUUCCAUUGGCACAAAAAACUACACUUACGCCUAUUUAUUCACUUCAAGCAUGCUGAACCACUAUGGGUACAAAGGGCAUGACAACAUACUGAUAGUAAAGCAGAACCACAGUUUGGCCCAGUGUUAUAUAGCAUUUGGGUUUCUGCAGAAGAGUGCAAUUGGAUGUGUACAAAAUAUAUGCCUUAGGGUUUUCUUGCCAUAUCUUUGGAAUGGUACAGGUGUCUUGUACACUCUGUUUCUUGUGUUCUACUAUUUUUUGUUUCCUGUGUUAUAUUUGCACAACUCAAUUUCAACUCACCGGUCAUCUGUUUGACUACAUCCUUAUAAGAUAUUUAUUUUUUGUAAUAACCAAUACAUGGAUCUGCAUGUAGUUAAACAUUUCUCUCAACAUUGUACAGACAGCACACCUAAAUGAUAAUUUUUGUUGUUGAACUGAGCAACAUUUUUUCAUUCACACUUUCUAUUUUAAUGACAUGUGGCGUAUUAUACUUCAUUGCUACUCCCAAGCUAGGGAAUAUGCACUUAAAUCUGGAUGAAAUUGAAAAUGAAUCAUAGUCUUAUUUGUAAAAUAUAUAUAUGGACAUUGACUAUAAAAUGCAUUAAAUGUGGUUUAUUUAAACAUACAUAUACACUAUGUAUUUAUUUAUUUCAAGAACAAUCUGUUAUUUUAGUUUAGUCUGAAUGAAUAGGUUCUGACUACUAGUAUUCUGCUUAUGGCAUUUUCUGCAUUUAUUCAAAUGAACUGGUAGCUUUUUUAUGGGGAAGGAAUUUAUCUGAAGCAUGUUGAUCCUGUUUUGUGAUAAGUUCCGAGUUUUAUUCUGUUGUAUACUUAUACUGAAAAUAUCCUGACUCAGGCUAAGAAAGAUACCAAAGUCAAAUUAUAGUCUGUAAUUUAGGUCACAACAAAUGAAUUUCAAGCUUCGUGAUAUAUAUUUUGUACUAAUGUUAUAUAUUUAUUGCUAAAUUGACUUUAAUUCAAUGAAAGACUUCUAUAUUUCAGCAGAGUAUCGGAAUUCAAUUCCAAAAUGUUUUACAUGCGAACAUUCCAUACCUAUUAUCUGUUGCAUUUGCAUUUAAUGAUUUAUUGUUUAAGAAAUUGUAUUUGUUUUCUUUUGAAAGCCUAUUCGUUUUUUAAAAUAAUUUUCUGCCAUAUGUCAUUUGUUAUCACAUAAUUUUUUAUAGUUGUUUCAUUUUACAAUAUAUAAUGGUGGAGGUGUAAGAAAACACAAUUGGGUAAUUAUUAUAUAAAAUAAUCAACCAGUUUGUUGAUGCAAGUCCCAUUUUUCUCCACUUGACUGCUCAAGAAACAUUUAAAGAAUUUAAGAGCGUUGCAACUGUUUAUAUGAAUAAAAAAAAAAAAGAGACAAUUUAUUUCAGUAAGGUCACCCAAUGUAGGGGUUGGAUGUACAUACAAAAUGGAAUUGCCCCACUUUGUGAUUACGAACUUUAUUGAAAACUAUGUAUUUCACCUCUAUAAUUCACAGAUCCAUCUGUGAGAGAUUUUAAUUUCCCAAAUCUGUAAAGCAAUAUUGAUAUGUAUUUUAUGAUGGCUCUUUUGUAGCUCUAUGGAGCAGGUCCAAACUAUUAUUUCUUUGCUGAUAUAGUUCAGAGUAUUUUAAUUAUCUAUUGUUUCAUUACCAAAUACCUGCUUUGUAACUUGUGAAGAAUGGUUUCUUGGAGUAAAAAAAAUGUUUAUAGGUUAAGAAUAAUUUGCAAGUAUUGUAGGCCUUAUGCUUCAAUAGAAUUGAGAUGAUGUGGUAUAUUUAUUUAGGCCUCAAUGACAUUUGUGAAGUUAACUAGUUUGCAACUUUAUUCUGAUGAAGUUUGUAAUUGUGCUAAUAGUGUGUUGACUAUUUUUCAAAAGUGGAUCCAAAUACUUUCCAGAGUUUUUCUUCUAUUGAGUUUUUAUCUCUGUUUUUUUUUACCUGGACAUACUUGUCGUAGAAUUGUAAUAACCCUAACUAUUCCAGGGGGCUCCCAGCUCAAAAAGGCAAAAGGAUUUUGCUGUGACAUCUCCUGACUUUUUCGUUUGAAUUCUUGUGCAAUUUUUGAGACACCAUAUUUGCCAAGCCCAGAUACGCAGGUCCGAAAUUGCUCAAAAGCAUCAUUUUCGUGUACAGAUCCAAUGCAAGUUUUCUUUCUUGCCAAAAUUCUAUUCACUGUUAAUCAAUCUUAUGUUGUCAAUGAUUUCCAGCGAAAAAACAAUACAAAACAAAUAGCCAGACAAAGAAAUAUAUAAGAAAUUUAUAAAUCAAUAAAAAAAUUACAAAAUUAAUCAGAUAGUUAUUGGAUUUACAUAAAAGGCCACAAAGAAUAUCUGUACUUUAAAUUAUAAUAUUUGGACCUCAGUUCUUCAUUUCUCGCAGUAAUUAAAGAACCAUAGGAGAUAUCAACUUGGAAAUUGGCAGAUGUAUGUAUAUUGGAAGGACAAGAUUAUGGUGUAUGGAGGUCAAAGUUCACAGAGGUCACUAUAUACCUCAAAAUAUCUAGUUCUUGCAAUAACUAUAGAACUAUUUAAAGGAACGACUUCAAACUUUAUAUAUGCAUAUGGGAGUGAUGAUGAUCUGAAUAGUUUUCAGGGUCAUAAAGUUAUAGUUCUUUAUAAGAAGUAAUAUCUUGUUCUUGUAAUAAUUAUUAAAGUUUGCAGUCACAAGGACAAAGUAAAGGUUCACAUAUAUCAUUACAUACAUUGCAAUAUCUUGUACUCUUUAACUGAAGAACCAUUCUCCAGUCUUGGCUCAUGUAUUCAUAUGUGAGGGGAUGAUCUUAAUUAGACUUAAGGGUCACAACCUCAAGGGUCAAAGGUCACAGAGAUCAUUAUUUCAAAAUAUUAGAACUUGGGCGUGUAAUAUAUUCUAGAUCUGACACCAGCAGAGGCAUACAUUUUGACUAUGUGCAGUCAAGAAUCCAUCUGUUUAUUUUGAAUUUGUGCCUGUCAUGUGUUUGUUUUUUUUACAAAGAAAAAACCUACAAUAUAGUUUUUAAGAGUGCUCGUAAACUUUCGGAUCAUUUCAUAUAAAUGAAAAGUUUAUGACACUAGCAGAACAUUUAUGGGAAGUGUUACACAAAUGGUAAUAUUGAAAUUCUUGCCUAAGUGUAUAAUGCAGUAAAAAUGCACACGUGAUAAUGUGCAGUCUCAUUGUAUGUCAUCUGAGACUAUUGAGACGUUGCAAGAAACUUGCAAUCAAUCACAAGUUUAUUUUCGGUCAAUAAAUCAAUCAAAUUUCUUGCAAUUAAUUGUAACUUUGUGACUGAUUGCUUAUCUGCUCCUUGAAACAAGGAGUGUAAUCAGAUUUGAUACAGCUAAAAUUGAUCUAUUGAUUUUGAAAUUGCAAAAGAAAAUUUGCGAUUGAUAUCUUCCAGAUAUUUUCUUGCAACAAAAAGGAAUCCAACCAAUUUUUAUUCACCCUUAAAUUUUUGUGAAAUACCUCUUUGAUUUGUCUCUUACGUCACAUGUUAUGUCAGGUACCUUGGACCUGCCUAUUUAGUUUACAAAAUUUUGUCUGUAAAGUAUACAUGCGUUAUAUACAUGAUUUUUUUUUUUUUUCUUGAAAAAAAAAUGUAAGACUGACAGUCGAUCAGGUUCAGUUAACCCUUAUUUAACAUUUUUCACCGCGCCGCUGACUUUUUUCCCCACAGGAUGAGUGAUAUAGGCCUAUGUACAUUGAAAACGUCAACACAUACAGAUGGGAUGCUUCUUUUAGUUCAGGACAGAAAAAUAAAAAAAAGACAGUAAAUGAAAUCAUUUUUACUUUAUUGACUACUACACUCAUUUCCUUUGGUCUUGAUAUAUACACAUGUGUCUAGACUUUUUCUGAUAUCAAUCACAAAAAAAACCUUUUCUGACCUAAACAAGGUCCACUUGUCACAUCUUGCACACUAAAAAUGUAUAAUGUAGGCGUCAAACGUUUGAUAAAUAAACUCUUUGUUUUUUUAUAACACCAA